AUGGAGAACCAAGCCCAGUACAGAGGGAGCGGCGCCUCGACCACCACAAAUUCAAUGCGUCCUGGUACACCAGAAAGCAGGAGUAGUCCCUUCAACGACGAGAUCACUCCCGCACCCAGAGCAAACCCAUUCUCUACGCCAUACACUUCACGGCCCGCCUCGUCUUUCGGGUCGUCGUCCGCAGUCCGCCCGCCCGCAUCGCGAUAUUUCCAUUCGAGGCGGGUAAGGAAAGGAGAGGUCGAGCAGCCGUGGAGAUCAAAGAAGGAUCCGAAGGAGAAAUGGGUAACCAUAAUCCCGUUAAUCGGUAUGCUGAUAGGCUUCGGAAUUGCAGGCUUCUUGGUCUAUGAUGGUAUUAGUUCCGUGGUGCAGCAUACGUACUGUGAAGUGUUGAACGAUGAUUUCUCUGGGGGCAUUAACACCGCCGUUUGGACCAAGGAGGCCGAGGUGGGCGGGUUUGGCAACGGCCAGUUCGAGCAAACCACCCUGACGGACGAGAAUGUUUUUGUUCAGGAUGGCAAACUUGUUAUCAAGCCAACUCUUCAAGACGCCAGUCUUAUCGAGUCAAACAAUGUCAUCAACUUGACGGCCGAUGGCACUUGCUCAUCGCCGGUCCUCAAAAAUUGCGUGUCGGUUACCAAUCUCACAGCUGGUACCAUUAUCCAGCCGGUAAAGUCAGGACGAAUUAGCACCAAGGCAGGAGCUACAAUCAAGUACGGCCGUGUAGAAGUAACUGCUCGACUCCCAUCGGGGGAUUGGCUAUGGCCGGCAAUCUGGAUGUUGCCCGUGAAUGAGACCUAUGGUCCGUGGCCAUUAUCUGGGGAAAUCGACAUCGUUGAAGGUCGCGGCAACAACCACACCUACCAACAAGGAGGUAAUAAUAUUGUCUCUUCUGCUCUGCACUGGGGACCUGACCCGGCCAACGAUGCCUGGUGGCGCACCAAUGUAAAGCGGAGCGCCCUGCACACGACUUAUGCUGCUGGAGAGAAUACCUUUGGGCUCGAAUGGUCCCAGAAGUAUCUUUUCACGUACAUCAACACCAAACUCCUGCAAGUACUCUACACCAACUUCGACGAGCCGCUCUGGAAGCGCGGGAACUUCCCCCUUUCCGACAGCAAUGGAACGCGCUUGGUCGAUGUUUGGAGCCAGACCGGUCGCGAACAAACGCCCUUCGACCAGGAGUUCUAUCUUAUCUUGAACGUCGCUGUUGGCGGUACCAACGGAUGGUUCGAAGAUGGCCAGUCUGGAAAACCAUGGUUUGAUACCAGCACUACCGCUAAGAACGACUUUUGGGCUGCCCGUGAUCAAUGGUAUCCCACAUGGCAGGCGAAGGGCGCCGGGCAGAUGGAAGUCAGCAGCGUGAAAAUGUGGAAACAGUGCGAUGGGGAUGAGGGUAACUAA